CAUAUCUUUUGCUUCCAGUGCAAAAAGAGAAAACUAAAGCUCUCCCACAAAGGAAGCUAUUGGAGUUCAUCUUUCAUUUAAGGUAUGGAUGUUUCUGAGGAAGAAAGUGUUGGUUGCUAUAAGGUCCAACCGCCACAAGUGCAAGAAGGAUUUUCAGAUAAUCUUCCUGACAGCGCCUCUCUGAAUGAAUUGUUCAGACAUUUUUAUCAACCUGAAGGAAAUGAAGUUGGGUCCAAUUCAACUCAUGAAGGAUUUGGUUUGAGUUAUGGUAUUGAUCAAAUCUUUGAACAAGCUGCUGAUGUAAUUGCUCCUGCUAGAGGAAAUGCUCAAAAUCUCAACAGUGAUGGUAGUGAUGCAGCUGGAGGAGGUAACAGGAGAAGAAGGGCAGCUACAAUUGAACAAGAAACACUGAUGGAGAAGAGGCAACGUCGAAUGAUUAGGAACAGGGCAUCUGCUCAACGAUCCAGGGCUCGAAAACAGGCAUAUACAGCUGAAUUGGAGGCACAACUUGAAAAAGUGAGAGAUGAGAAUGAGAGGCUCAAGUCAAUUGUGGAGGAGAAAAAGGAAGAAACAACAAAAGCUCAAUGGAUGGCUAACAAAAUGAAGAAACUUAGGAGGAGUGUCUCAUUUUGAAAGAAUCAACAAAAGUUCAGUGAAUGGUUAAUAAAUAAAGUGAAAACACUUAGAAGGAUCUCAAGUGUUUCAUGGUGAACAUCUCUAGUUUUUAUUAUAUUAAGGAUUGCUAAAGGAUUAUGGUGUUGUUGUUAACUAUGUUUUCCUUUGAUACAAUUAUCUUAGUAUGUGUGUGUGUAAGUUUAACUAA